UAUAAUUAUGAAAGUAUGUAGUUUAUUUAUAUCUUUUAUUUUUCUAUUCUCUUUUUAAGAUUUAAUAGAGUUAAUUUCAUUGGUGCGAAGGCAGUGAGGUGAUAUUAGUAAUUUUGCUGAUUAUUGUUAGCCCUAACCUCAUACAUAGAAAGAAAAGGAAGAGUAAUUCAUAUCACUGUAUUAGGCAAUAUUAUAAAAACGUAGUAUAUAUGUUACUUGAAUUAAUCAAAGAAAAAUGAGUACAAAAUUCUUAUUUGUUGAGUCAAUGGAGAUAUUGCGGGAUACUUUGCCACAUUAUCAUAUUCUAUUAAUAACGGUUUUACUACUUUCUAUAGUGUGGUUUAUUUCUAAAAGACGAAUUAACAUUAAUUAUCAUAAUUCAACACCUUCAAAAGAAUUGGUGGAAAGUAAACUAACGGAAUGGCAACCAGAAUUUCUGGUACCAGAACCACCGGCGAAGCAUCCUUCACUAAGUCCUAAACAAAUCACUUCUAGAAUUGGAAAGCGAGUGAUAGUCAAUGGCAAAAAUUGUCUCAAUUUGGGUACACAUAAUUACUUGGGUUUAAGUGAUAAUAUGGAAAUAAUAGAAAGUGCUGUGGCAGCUGUAAAGAAAUACGGCGUUGGAUCUUGUGGACCACGAGGUUUUUAUGGAACUGUUGACGUUCAUCUUGAACUAGAAGAACGUUUGGCUAAAUUUAUGAAUAUGGAAGAAGCUAUUAUAUAUUCCUAUGGGUUUUCUACUAUAGCAUCUGCAAUCCCGGCUUAUUGCAAGCGUAACGAUUUGAUAUUUGUGGAUGAACAAGUAAAUUUUGCUAUACAAAAGGGAUUAGAUGCUUCUCGAGGAAAUAUUCAAUACUUUAAACAUAAUGAUGUUCAAGAUUUCCAUAAUCUGUUAAUGAAACAGGAUGAAAUAGAUAAAAAAAAUCCUAAAAAAGCUGCUAAAAUUAAACGUUUUCUAAUUAUUGAGGGUAUUUAUAUGAAUACAGGAAACAUCUGCCCUUUACCAGAAUUAGUAGACCUUUGUAAAAAAUACAAAUUGAGAAUCUUUAUUGAUGAAUCGAUAUCAUUUGGUACCAUUGGUCAAGGGAAGGGUGUAACUGAAUAUUUUAAUAUUCCUAGAAGUGAAAUAGACAUGAUAAUGGGAUCUUUAGAAUGUGCUAUUGGAUCUAUUGGAGGUUUUUGUGUAGGAACAUCAUUUGUUAUUGAUCAUCAACGUUUAUCUGGUCUUGGAUACUGUUUCUCAGCAUCACAACCACCUCUUUUGGCAUCUGCUGCUAUCACUUCUUUAGAUAUCAUAGAAAAUAAUCCACAAAUAUUUCAUUCUUUGAAAAAUAACAGCUUAUUGAUGGAUAAAGGUCUUAAAGAAAUCUCAAUGUUAGAAUGUCUCAGUUUUGCAGAAUCUCCCUUGAAGCAUGUAUAUUUGAAAGAAAAGAAGGAUUAUGUUACCGAAGAAAAAUUACUAUCUACAAUUUCUAAUAAGUGUAUAGAAAAUAAUUUAGCAGUUAUAUUACCUGCCUAUUUAUCUGAAGCGGAAAGAAUGUUACCUAGACCUAGCCUUAGACUUUGUAUAUCUGCAAGUCUAGAUCAUAACGAUAUCAAAUUUGCACUAAAUACUUUGAAAAAAUGUACCGAAGAAGUUUUAUCAUCAAUUGAAAAAAUUGAAUCUUGAAGAAAAAAUAUUUCAAGAUUUUUAAAUUUAUAUAUUAAAAAUAUAUUUAACAUUUAUGUAAUGGCUUUUAUAUAUGGUGUCUUUUAUUAGCAUAUUUUAUUUUGUUGGGAUAUUUUAUUUAGUAUCAGUGUACUGAUAUUAUAUAAA